UCUGCCAGCGCCCUUGGCAGGGCAGCCCACCCUCGAUGUCGCCACAGCCGGGUCUCCCCCGCCAAGCGCGCCUGCCCGACGCAUUUCAGCGCGGCGACAUCCACCACAGGCCAAAAGUCACCUCUCCCACCUGCGCUUUCCGCUUGCUGUCCCUCGCCAGCGCCGAGGCCGAGCCAGCUGUCCGCUUCUCGCUCUCCAGAGUCUGCCCCCGCCCGUUUCCGCCCACAAUGGCCCAAGCUGACACCCGCCCAGAUCCCAACGAGACUGUCUUGGCGGCCGGCGCCGAUGUCGUCAACGAAGACACCCCUCUGCUGCCCGAGAACAGCGCUGACAAGCCUCCAGCACCCGCAAGCACAAAAAGCUCGUGGCGGACCCAGCUUGCCGAGUUCCUCGACAGCCCGCGGGUUCGACUGGCGGUCAUGAUUCUGGUCGUCGUCAGCAUGGUCUCGGUCACGAUCGAGCUCAUGCUCUCGAUGCUGUACCAGGAGGAAGAGCAGGACGCUAUCGACCACCCUGCGUUCAUUGUCAUGGAGUUUAUCUCAGAUGCAGCCAUGUGGCUCCUUCUCGGUGAAUUCUGCGCCCGUGUGGUGGCCUGUGGUCCGCAGUACUAUUUCACCGACUUUUUGAUAUUCUUUGAUGGCUUCGUCACCGUGGUCUCGUUCACCCUCGCUGUCGUCCUGCGUGGCAUCCUCGGCGACGCUGCCGUCCUUCUGAUUGCGCUCCGUGUGUGGAGAAUCGUCGACUUUACCCAGGCCGUCAUCGAUGCCGUGCAGUCCCAAUUCGACUCCACCAUCGAGACGCUUGAGGAGGAGAACAAGGAGCUCAAGGCCCAGAUCAGCGAUGUCGAGAAGCAGCUCGAGAUCGCCACCAACAACCCUGACAUGGACUUUGAGGCCAUCAUCGAGGCGCACAUCUCUGCCAAGCAAGCCUCUGUGGUCAUCCACGUCGAGGAGCAGGACGUUUCGCUCGGCUUCUGGUCGGUCCAGCGCUCCAGGCUGAUUGACUUUUUCGAAAGCAAGCAGAGCCAGCAGAUCAUCAUAUCCCUCAUUGUCUUUGACAUCCUCGUAGUCAUCCUCGAGCUGUUCAUUUCGCUCCUCACCGAAGCCGAUACGGAUCCAAAGCAUGUGUUCCAUCCCCUGUUUGUCUGGCUCGAGUGGGCUUCCAUCGGUAUCCUGGGCCUCUUCGUCGUCGAAGUGUACCUGAAGUAUGUCGCCUACGGUGUCAGCCGUUACUAUGACGACUGGCUUGAGGCCUUUGACGCCUUUAUCAUCGUGACUUCCUUCUUCCUUCAGCUGGUGCUGCGCGGCUCUGGCAUUGCCGACGACAUUGUCGCGCUCAUCAUUAUCUUGCGUAUCUGGCGAGUCAUCCGUAUCUUUGCCCGUCUCGGCGACACCGUCGAGGAGAACUUCCAGCAGUACAUCAAGGAGCUCGAGAAGGAGAAGGUCGAGCUGACCCUCCGCCUCGAAGCCCUCAAGGAGACCAUGGACAACACCAGACAGACCCGUAGCAUCCGCUCGAUCAAGUAGAGCAUACGAGUGCCGCCCUGAGUGCGACGGCACCCAAAACUUUCGUAUGCAUCCCAGUCUCGCCCACAUCCCUCGUCUUCCGAUGAGCUCGAAUGAUGCUGUUGGGCCGUUACCCGAUGACUUGUGUGCAAAGAGCGAGGGUGGGGGCAGUCGCUGCUAUAUCUGAGAUUAUCCAUGCUGUCCGUGUCGGCGCAGAAUAGAUGCAGAUUGUCCUGA